AUGCGGCUCUGUCACGCCCUGGCCAUGCUGCUAGCCUCAUGGUUGGCGGUUUUAGGUGGCAUCCAUGCUGUCAGUCUUGAGGUGAAAGAGGGAAACUCCACUUGCAUUAAGGCUGAUCUGUCUGCGUCGUUCUCCAUCGCGUACAACACCUCCAGCGGCUCAAGAACAGCGGCGUUCUCCCUGCCUGACUCCACCGCAGUGGACGCAAGCAGCAGCUCGUGCGGCGCAGACGGCGGCUCUCCGUGGUUGGUGGCGGUGUUUGGGUCUGGCCACGCGUUCGGCCUGAGCUUUUCAACAAAUGGAAGUCUGUACAGCGUGGCGAACCUGACCUUGCAGUACAAUCUGAGCGACACGACGGUGUUUCCCAACGCCAACAGCUCUGAUGUGGUCACCGUGGUGUCGACUUCAGUCGGGAUCUCGGCAGCGAUCAACACCACCUACCGCUGUGCGAGUGCCACCUCUGUCGGAGUCGAUGGAGCAACUGUCACUUUCACCGAUAUGAGGAUGGAGGCGUACAUGCCAGGAAAUGACCUGAGUCCCACAGAGAGCGUAUGCGUAGCGGAUCAAACCAGCACGACUCCUCCACCUACGACGGCCACCAGUACCAGCAGCGCUCCGACAGCAGCACCGACUCCUCCAGGAACGCCUGAGCGGGGAUCCUACUCCGUAAACAACAGCAACGGCACCGUGUGUCUUCUGGCUCAAAUGGGACUGCAGCUCAACGUGUCCUACUUCUCUCAAUCUCAAAACAAGACCGUCCAGGAAUUGGUCAACCUCACUCCCUCUCUGACCAAUUCGUCAGGAUCGUGUGAGGCCAGCAGCGCCACCCUGGUUUUGACACAGGAGCAAACCACCAAUCUGAAUUUCACCUUCACUCUGAACUCGACGACCAACAAGUACCAUCUGAGCGCGAUAUCUCUGUUUGCUAGUUGGUCCGAUAUGGCCGGUCCGUUCUCGGCCCGUAACACCACUCUGAACUACAUGCGAAGCACAGUGGGCCGAUCAUACAUGUGCAACGCUGAGCAAACACUGGCUGUGGAACCAGCCUUUUCUCUCAACACCUUCAGGCUGCAGGUCCAGCCUUUCGGUGUCACCACGGACCAGUUUGCUACAGCUGAGGAGUGUCAGUUGGACCAGGAUCAGAUGCUGAUUCCCAUCAUCGUUGGAGCGGCCCUCGCCGGCCUGGUGCUGAUCGUCCUCAUCGCGUACUUGAUAGGCAGGAAGAGGAGCCAUGCUGGAUACCAGACAAUCUGAGCGAGGCGUGAGCCGGCGAGUGACGGACUGUGGACACGAGUGAGUGGAGGCGGUUGUUUCCAUGUGGUGGGUGCAUGUUUUAAGUAUCCUUAUUGACAUCUGGAUAUUGUAUAUUCCUCUCACUUUCUGUGGAUGGCGACGAGAAUCUGGGGUCCUUUUGAUUUUGAUGAACGGGAGGACCGGGACGGCACACACAGAAGUCUAAAUUUUGCAGUAGCAAGUUCAACAUUGUUGGUUCUGCUCUGCUCGUUUCAUGUUGUAAAAAUCAAAAUGGUUUUGUGAACUGCUUUUUUUUUGUUUUUAGCUGUGUAUUUAUUUAAAAGAAGAAAUCACAUAAUUAAGAGGCAGGAGGAGUUCAAUGAACUUUAAAGCUCUGAAGGUUAACACAUCCUAAUUUUUCAUUUUGUUUUUAAACCUAUGUUCACGCUGAUGUUUUUUUUAAUACACAAUGAGCAAACGCUGAUCCCUGUGGCUAAAACAAAAAAA